AUGCUGCUGCCUCCAUUUCUGGCAGCGCUUCGUGUCCACGAGGAUGUGAUCCGCUUCCUUGCCCUGCUCUUCAGCCGUCAUGGCUCCAGCCCCAUGCUGCACCGCUGCCUUGCGACCAGGUGGGGCGAAAUACUGCGGACUGGUUACGUCAGCAUGGUGGAGAACCAGCAGGAGCUGAACAAUCAGGUGGCCAAGGUCUUCUGGGAGUUGGGUGCCACAUCCCGCUUCACCAACUUUCGAUGGGUGACUCUGUCACAGCAAAUCGUGCCCCUGGAAGCAGGCUGGCAACGAAUGUUCAAUGGGUUUAUCAUGAUGACGAGGACGCUGAGCUUCCUCCACAGGAUACGGCAUCGUACAAGAUUACUCAGGCCUCAAAACGUGGACUCUGAACACUUGCUCCCCAAGGUCGGCGGCGAGUACGACAACUGGGAGUUGAGGCGCAGCAUGUUCGAGGCAGGGCACGACGUGCUUGCAGGUUGCUACUUGGAGAUCCAGAAACUUCCUCAUCAGGAGUCCAUGAUCUUCACGGACAAGGCGGUGCCGCACCCCAAGGGCAAGGCUUUCAAUCUCACCACCUAUGUCAACAUUUUGUUAGUGCUUCGCUUUCUGAUCCGCAAGGUUUUCGCGAUGGUGUGGGUGCUCGGAGAUUCCAGAGAUUGUGGGACUCGUCCAGGCGGGAGAGAGAUUUGCAAUCCGGUCCCUUCCAAGAAUCCGUAUGACAUGUUGGAGGUGAUGGCCUACGAUGGCAUAGCUAACGCGGCUGCCCUUGCACAGCUGUUUUCGAUUGAGCGAUUGAGCUUCUUUGCUGGAAGCCUUUUGUUGCAGCCCUCUGUCUUGGCUUUGAGGAAUGCUGGUCAGCAGUACGUUGAGUGUGAAUUGAUCGUGCUGGUUUUCCUAUUGACUGAAAGGGGUGCAGUCAUAAGCUGGGGUACACCGGACUUUCCAUCGGUCCAUCACCCUAACUUGCUGACGGAGGCUGUUAGAUCUCUUGGUUGUAGCGAGCAGUUUGAGUUUGGGGAGAUCCCGUUGCUAGGAGGAGUCGACACAUCUGAUCCAAAGGCAUGGCUUCAGGCAGGACAAGGCCAGGUUGCUGGCAUUCCAGGCGAGAGGUCGAGGACUUCGCUUCUGGUUUCAACCCGUGCAAAGGAGCUGACGCAGCAGCUACGCUCCAUGGCCGAGCUGCCUGCCUCUCAGCACCUCAGAGCAGGCUGGCAGGCACAUGAUGGCAGCAGCGUCCGCGACAUGGAACAUAGGUCCGACGGUGCCGCUGGUUGGACUGGUUUCGCAGAGGGAGGGCAACUUGGCGAGAGCGGCACCACUGGCGACCUGCGUGACAGCAGGCUGGGCUUGUCAAUUCCAGUGAUCCUCGCCGGGGUCGUGGAAGGCUCCACGUCCUGCGAGGGCUGGCAGCUGAAUGGGGAGGUGCCAGGAGGGCGCUUCAAGUAUAGCUACCGGCAGCCCAGUCCCAACAAGUGGGGUCUCCACUUCCUGGACAUCGACCUCGGCACCUCACAUCGACCAGCAGUAGACAUCUCACUAGUGACCGGGUAUCUCGACCCUUCACAAGUGACAAUCAUGCUUCGAUCUGCCCAGACGCAUCCUGGUGGCCGACUCUCAAGUUUUCGCCCAGCUCUGCAACCUUUGACUCGACCUCCUCAUGCAGCCUUUGCCAUGUUUUGCUCUGUUGGCUGUGCUGGCCCACAGCGACGACCUUCUCUAAGGUUUUCGCCACGUGGGCCAGCGGGUUGCAAUGAAAGCGCGCUUGGUGCAUCUCUCCGCUCCAUUCGGCUUCGAUUGGAAGCUGUAGCUUUUGGACGCCGACGUGUGGACGUGCCAGAGCUGGUCGAGGAGAUUCGAAAAGCCACUGCAUGUCUGGUCUGGAGCGAGAACAAUGACGACUCGCUCUUCAACCUUUUCUGCGAGCACUCAAUGCUGGCAGGAUUCGUGGCUGCGCUUCGUGCUGAAGCCAGCCCCACUGCAGUGAAGUUGCAGAUCCUUCAGUCGCUGUCCAUCUUGGUGCAGAAUGCCCAACGGGACACUUCUUUGAUCUACUUCCUGUCGCAGGGCAUGCUAAAUGACUUCUUCGAUGACCCUCCGGGGAACAUGGAUGAAGAGUCCAUGGCCUACUUCGUCACCCUACUCAAGGGCAUCUCCUUGCGCUUGGACGGAGAGAUGGCGCUCCUGUGUCUCUCCACAAGCCCGAGCAGGGGUAGUGCAGGGUAUGGUGGUUCCCAUGGCACAAGAACACACUCUGCAGUCCGGAUGCCGAUCUUUGACAGAGCCGUCAAGCUGAUUGCCCAUGCGGAUCCGAUGGUGCAGACAUCAGCUAGGAAUGCCACCCUACGCAUGCUGAGCCUUGAAGCCCCGGCUGUACGUGCAGCUGUCGAGGGUGCUGCUGCAGGCUCCUUGGCUCCUUCGCUGGCAGAUGCUGCCGCGACGCUGCGCGAUGGCAUAAGCUUCAGAUAUGAUGGGCUCAAGAUGGACGAUUGCAAGGCGCAGCCUGCAGCACUCAGCUCUCUUCUGGACUUCGCUGCAGACCUUCUCCAUCUAGGCAUAGCUCCACUUACAGCUGCGAUGGAGAAAGAAGGCUUCUCCAUGGUGGGAGGCCGAGCUGCCUGGCGUGGGCCGUUGAUGUCUCUCCAUCAGGCUGAGAAUCAUGCUGCAGUCCGUGUGUUCGAGAAGCCCCAGGAGGGAGCGGCUGUGAUCGCCGAGAUUGCAAACGGGGCGUUGCUCCAUGCCUUGGCAGUGAACGGCAACUUCGUGAACGUUUGUUGGAGGGGCAUCGAUGGAUGGAUUGGGCGCAAGAACGCUCGACGGGCUGGCAGGCCAAACUUCACGACGACUCUGUGA